AUCUUGGAAAAGGCGUAAUAUGCUCUCGGAUAUCUCGGCCCGUUCAUUCACCUGCCAACACGCUCGUCAGUGGCGUUCAUUCGAUUUGCAGUACCCAGUGGGAUCCUCCCCCGCUUCUUCCGGUCCGAUGUGGGGGAUCUUCGGAGGGGGCAUUAAGGAGUCGCCGGGAACUUCAUCCAAAUCAUCGGUUGAACUGCUGAACUCAGUUGCAACUACUCCCAAGGAUUCUUUCGCAACGGACUUUUACCUUCGUGAUUUGUUUUUUCCUUCCAGGUCCUAGAUUCUCCAUUUGGUUACGCCGCAUUCUCCUUUCCACAUCCAAUCCAUCAGCAGAUAGACUCCCGUGACUCGAGACUCCAACGUGGUGAGAGAGGAAACAUGACGGUGACAGAACACAUAAAAUCGGCCGUCCAGCUGGACAUCAUUGUUAUCGGCGCUGGCUUGAGUGGCUUGGCCACCGCAGUGGCAGCUGCACUAUCGGGGCACCGCGUGACGGUGUUCGAGUCCGCCAGAGAACUUCUUGAGGUCGGAGCGGGACUGCAAGUGACGCCGAACUCGACACGGAUCCUCCAGAAAUGGGGCCUACCCGACUGGAAAUCUGCAUCAGAGCCGACAGCCUUGGUUGUCCAUAGGUUCUCCGGAAAGGUCCUCGCCAGUGAGGAAAACUUUAAGGAGAAGAUCCGCGCGAAGUACCAAGCACCCUUCAUCGACCUGCACCGCGUUGACCUGCAGCUUUCACUCUACGAACGCGCCAAGGAGCUCGGGGUUCAGUUCCAGCUGGGCCAAAAAGUCGACAAUAUCAACUUCGACAUACCGGAGCUCACAACACAGUCCGGGGUUAAGGCUAGAGCAGACCUCAUCGUUGCCGCAGACGGACUGUGGUCACGUUCGCGUGCAUGCUUUCUGGGAAAGGAGGACCCCCCGCUGGCGACGGGAGACCUGGCGUACCGGGUAGUCCUCCAGAUCGAUGAUGUCACAGACCCUGAACUGAGAGAAUGGAUAUCGAAUCCCCAAGUACACUUCUGGAUUGGACCUGGAGCGCAUGGUGUUGGCUACUCGAUGAGAGCCGAGAAGAUGUACAAUCUCGUGCUGUUAGCGCCUGACGACUUGCCUGAUGGCGUGAGCCGCCAAGCGGGAGAUGUUGAGGAAACGAGAGUUCGAUUCAAAGAAUGGGAUCCCAUCGUGAGAAAGAUAAUCGGUGCCGUCGACAGCAUUGAGAAGUGGAAACUUAUGCACAGAGAGGAGAUGAGUUCUUGGGUAAACGACAAGUCCAAUCUAGUCUUUGUUGGGGAUGCAUGCCACCCAAUGCUACCAUAUCUCGCCCAAGGUGCCAACUCAGCUGUGGAAGACGGCGCUGUACUGGGCUUGUUGCUCGGCCACCUCACAUCCAAGUCACAGCUUCCGAAAGCUCUGAAGAUGUAUGAGAAAUUACGAAAAGCCAGAGGCGAAUCUAUUGUAAGAGAAACGUUCAAACAGCGCCACGACUUCCAUCUAUUUGAUGGCCCCGAACAGGAAGCCAGAGACCAGGUCUUUCUGUCUCAGCUAGGAAAAGAGCCCAAGGGAGCGUUCCCCAGUAGAUGGACUUGCCCCGAAGUUCAGCCAUGGCUCUAUGGCUAUGACGCAUACAUGGAGGUGGAAAAGGCUAUUAAGACUGACCCAUUCAGCAAGCCAAGCCUGUAAUGCUGGUAUAACGACACCAGAUAGUUAUCAAAGUUUAUAUAUCGUUAAUUCAAAUAUUCUGGAUGCAUCCUC